GGAAGAGCAAAGAGAGAUAUGAUUUUGGCUAGUAAAUUUUUUGAUCGCGCACUGUGGAAAGGUUCGCGUUUUCUAUUCCCAAAAGCAUUGGACGUCUAUGGUUCCUCCUCCCGUGCUACCAUCAAUCCAAUUUGUUCAUAAUAAUCACAAUCCAAAAUAGCUCACACAAUCCUCCAAAGAUAAAUCCUCCAAGAUGAAAAUUGUUGCCUCCAUCCUCAGCCUCUUGGUUGUGUCCUCUUCUGCCGAUGAUUGCUUGAAUGUGGAAGUAAAUUUUGCGUUUGGUGGAGCGAUGACGGGCACCACGAACCGUGCUUUGGAGUGCUUGGGAGGGCUUAUUGCUGAUUGCAAUGUGCUUGAUCAAUACAAGCAAAACUUGGACAGUGUCGGGUUGAUCCUUCCUGGUGUCUCGCAACAAGUGGAUUUUGCAAGUCAAUCUCUGACUGACGUACAAUCGAACAAAAAGAAAGACAUGUUCACGCUUCUUGCUGGGGGAAACGACUUCUUUGGACCCUACCCCAUCUGGGAUCCAGCAGUCGAUCCUCCAGCCUAUGGCGAGGAUUUUCCAGACGGUUUUCCUCCUGAAUUCGUCCCCUUUACCGCAAAGUGGAGUGUGGAAAACCUUGAAUAUGCAAUGGAAAGGAUUGUUGAGUUGGGAGGCAAACUCAUUUUGAUGGGCAGCACUCUGGAACCAUGCAGUACGCUUAUUUGUGACGUGCUUCAACCCCCUGAGUUUCAGAUUCCUGUCAAACUUUACUCUCCAGUGUGGUCGGGACAGUUUGACGCCGGAAUCCAGGAGGUUGUUGCCAAGGCGAACGAUAAGUACGAAGAUGUGACUGUCAUCUUUGUUGAUGUAGUGUCCACGGUCGAUGCUCUCUUGGCGUCAGGUGAUUUUAUCACUGACAUCAGUUGCCAACAAGACGGGGGAUUCUCUGGUCCCGACGAGCGUGGCAACUACGCAUGUCCGGGCUACGCAUGGUUGGACCUCACUCACCCAACAUCGGAGUUUUGGGAAGCCGUUGUCGAUGCUGCCUUCAUUCCUGCUCUUGAGGCUGAAUUGUCCGACAAGGAGAUCAAGGACAUUCGUCGCAUCAUCAGUUUUGGAGACUCCUAUGCUGACUUUGGAUCGUUCGAGGACACCCUUGAUCGUGCCGAUUCAUUUGAGCUCUCGGGCCGGUUCCCUCCUUCCAACCGACGAUCUGCUAUGAAUGCAGCAACCUAUGUUGAAAUUCUCGAGGAGAAAUUGUCUGUGAGCUAUCCCUCUGUUGCUUAUAUUCAGGAAUCAGGACGGGACCCAAUCUGCAUGAAAGAACAGGAGUAGGAACGACAAUGUUACGGGCAGAUACCGGUAGCUUCUCUUCCUCUCGCAAUAUUAUUUGAAUGUCACACAUUGUCUUGACUGGUGGUCUCGAGGAACUGUGAUUUGUGUUGGACGUUCCCGUUUUAGUUUUAGUUUUAGUUCCAUUCAUGGCGAAGAGCUAGCAUAGCGCACAUUAAUUAAUCAUAUUCAUAAGGACUUGCAACAUCUUGUUGUUGACCGACUGUGG